AUGAGUAAUGACAUAGGGGAAGAAGCAACUGCACAAGUGCACUCAGGAACGAAUAAUACCGGUAACAGUGAGGUAAAGGAAGGGAGUUGUCCCCCCUCCCACUGUUCUCUUCAACCGCGUGGUGAGAAUUUUAACGAUAAAAUUAAAUUCUCAGGAGAAGGGGAGAAAUCAAAUGUGUUAGUAGAGACAAACGAAAGUCAGGUCACCACGAGCAGCAGUAACAACAACAGCUGCGAAAAUGCCAAUGUGAAUAGGGACACAAAUAGUAGUUCAGAGAAUGUGGGCAACAGGAGUGGAAAUAGUUAUGAUAACAGAGCUCAUGUAGAAAGCGCAUACCGUGCCGUAGCAUGUGAAAGGCGUAAUCAACAGUCGAAUGUCCCUAAUGGGGAUCCAGUUAAUCAUCUAAGCAGUCAUCCCAAUUUAGGUGAACCAAGUGAGAGGGCGGGCGGUGAUGCCACCCUUGCACAGGACCGUCACGGGGGACAAACCCAAGGGGAUAAUCCCCCCCACGCGCAGUACGGUCAUUCAGGAAGUACCAAUAGGAAUCACCAAACGAUGGAUAGCAAUAAAAAUGGUCCCGUCAAUGUUAUAUUUAAUGACACCACCACCAUUGGACAACACGACAGAAGUAGCAUUAGUAGUAACAUUCCCAACGAGGUAUACAUCCAUAGUCAGCCGAAGGAGGGGAAUGUGUACAAGACGAGCACGUGGCAGAGUAAGGAAAGAAGCAGCGUCAAUUAUCCUGCAAAUGAGAACAACGCGGCUACCAUUUCGUGUGGUAAUGACCAGCAACACUCUCCACAGAAUGCUCAGGAGCUAAGUGCAUCCAGCGCAUCUCAAUCGAGGUACGGCAUUCACACGGGUUCUAACCUAGCUAGCUACACUCGAAGUGAGAACAUUUUGCAUGCGACGAAUAACUCCCUGAGUGAUAGAAGUCACGCACAAUGCAACGCUAUGCAAGUUAAUUUGGUGAGAGGCACCCCAAAUGAUAAAACUAGUUUUGAUAGGCCCAAUGAGACGACAUAUCAAAUAUAUGGGAGCCGCCACGGAGGCUCCCUCAAUGCAGCGUCUGCUCGUGCACCUUACCACAGCCUGGGCAUCCAGGGGGAUAGCGGCCACGUUAGUCAGGUGCACGAGGACGCGCGCGGCGCGUGGGGCGGCGGGCCGCACAGUAAUGCUACAUAUAGUAGUGCUGCGUAUAGCAACGCUGCGUACAGCAACUCUGGGUACACUAACGCCCAGUAUAGUAAUACCCCAUAUAGUAACCCUCCGUAUAGUAAUACCCCAUAUAGUAACCCUCCGUAUAGUAAUGCCCCCUAUAGUAACCCUCCGCAGAGCAGCGCGAAGGAGCACUACAGUGUGAACCAAACAGCGUACCAGCAUUGCGCCCUUAACCAACCCAGUGCUAACCGGCCCACCGCUAACCAGCCUGCCGCUAACCAGCCCAGUGCGCAGAACUUUUAUGGAACCCACACAAGCGCUGUUGGCAACGCGUUUGGCAGUACACCAUUCGGGAGUGCGCCAUAUGGAGGAAGUCCUGCCACAACUGCUGACCCAAGCGCGAGUGCAAAACGAGAAGAUAACCAAGAGCGGGGGACGAACAGACAGAAGUACGAACGGACCGAUGAAGAAUCAGUGGAAAGUUCAAGCUCCGAAAAUUCGAGUGAAAACGAAAAUGAGGUAACAGACAAAGGGGAAGAAAUAUACACCCUGUUAAAAAAGACGAUCAACCGUAUAGACAUGAACAAAAUUCCAAGGCCUGUAAUAAACUCCCAAGAGAGAAAAAAAAAAAGAAAUUUAAAAGUAUUCGAGACGUGUAAGUAUAUCUCCCCCCCGUCCUAUUAUCAACCCUACAUAUCGAUUGAUACGGGGAAAGCAGACCCGAGAUUUAUGAAGAGCACGUUGUAUCAGAUUCCGUUAUUCUCAGAGACGUUAAAGCUGUCUCAGAUUCCCUUUGGAAUCAUUGUAAAUCCUUUUGCAUGUCUAAACGAGGGAGAAAAGGUGGACAAAAUCGAUAUGAAAGAUAUCAUUAAUGAUAAAGAAGAAAAUAUAGAAAUUUUGAGAUGUCCCAAAUGUUUAAGUUACUUGCAUGCGACUAUAUUGGAAGAUAUCUCCAGCACAGUACAAUGUGUCUUUUGCGACACGGAUUUUUUGAUCAAUGAAAAUGUACUCUUUGAUAUAUAUCAGUAUAAUGAGAAGAUAGGACAUAGGGAGAGUAAUCACGAUGGGAAUUCUCUUUCCCCUUUGCUAAAGGGCAGUGUCGAUAUUAUCAUCCCCCCCAUUUAUUACCAUCAUGGUAAUAAGCUUAAGUUGACGUAUACCUCCCUGAGUAAAAACAUUAACCAGACGGCGUCCAUGAUUACGAAUAAGAUUAUGUCUCUGACGAAACAUAUUUCUAGUUCGCUAGUUGCGAAUGAUUCCAAAGGGGGUAAUAAGCCGACUACUGGCAGUGCUUUUGGUGACUCGGGGCAGGGAACCUUCUUUGCAGGUGGUGGUUAUACCAAUUAUGGAGGCAUGGGAGGAGACUACAGCGCAUAUGACAGCCAAAGCGGUUACAACAGUCAUAGCGGGGUUAAUAACCGAAUGGGCAACAGCACAGGGAAUCAUCCCUAUGGGAACGACCACACUGUGCAAAAUUUCGACAACGUGACGGACAAUGCCAACCUUACCAUGCAUGAUAUGAAAAAUUUAUUAUGCGAGAAAAGUGGCGAAUCGGAUACUGUCAAAAUGAGAAGAAAUUCGUUGCUGACGAAAUACCCGCAAGUAAAAAAUAUGUUGCCGCCCUACUUUGUCUUCGUCGUGGAGUGCUCUUACAAUGCCAUUUAUAACAACAUAACGUAUACGAUUCUGGAGGGCAUUAGGUACGCCGUGCAGAAUGUGAAGUGUCCGCGGACCAAGAUUGCCAUCAUUACGUUCAACAGUUCGAUUUAUUUUUACCACUGCAAGAGGGGCGAGAAGGAAGGAGGGGCGAACGGCGGCAGCGGUGGCCACAGCAACAGCGGCAACCACCAGGUGAUCGUGAUGAGCGACGUGGAUGACCCGUUUCUGCCCCUUCCGCUGGAGGACCUCUUCUUCGGGUGCGUCGAAGAGAUAGACAAAAUUAACACCCUCAUAGACACGAUCAAAUCGGUGAGCACGACGAUGCAGUCAUACGGGUCCUGCGGAAAUAGCGCACUCAAAGUUGCUAUGGACAUGCUGAAGGAGCGAAAUGGGCUGGGUAGCAUAUGCAUGUUCUACACCACGACCCCCAAUUGCGGAGUAGGCUCCAUUAAAGAACUGAAAAAGGACUUGCAAGAAAACUUUCUGGAGGUAAAACAAAAGAUAUUUUACGAUUCCCUACUGCUGGACUUAUACGCAUACAACAUCAGUGUAGACAUUUUUAUUAUUUCGUCAAAUAAUGUGCGUGUGUGUGUUCCGUCUCUACAAUAUGUGGCGCAAAACACUGGGGGGAAAAUACUUUAUGUAGAAAAUUUUGUAUGGCAGAAGGAUUACAAAGAGAUAUACAUGAGCAUAAUGGACACGCUAACGUCUGAAGACAUUGGCUACUGUUGUGAGUUGAAAUUAAGAUACUCACAACACAUGUCGGUGAAGAAGCUGUUCUGUUGUAACAACAAUUUUAAUUCCAUCAUCAGCGUCGAUACGAUUAGGAUCCCCAAAAUUCGUCAUGACCAGACUUUUGCCUUUUUACUCAACUACUCGGACAUAUCAGAGAGCAAGAAACAAAUUUAUUUCCAGUGCGCUUGUAUGUAUACCAACCUAUAUGGGGAUCGCUUUGUUCGUCUGCACACUACUCACAUGAAUUUGACCUCGUCUCUAAGUACCGUCUUUAGGUACACCGACGCAGAGGCCUUGAUGAGUAUCCUCAUUAAGCAGCUCUGCACCAACAUCCUGCACAAUGAUAAUUACUCCAAGAUUAUCAUCGAUAAUUUGGCGGCUAUUUUGUUUUCCUAUCGCAUAAAUUGUGCCUCGUCCGCCCAUUCGGGCCAGUUGAUCCUCCCGGACACGCUAAAGUUGCUUCCGCUAUUUACCUCCUCUCUUCUAAAACACAAUGUCACGAAGAAGGAAAUCUUACAUGACCUGAAGGUGUACAGCUUGAUAAAGCUCCUUUCCAUGCCGAUUAUAUCUUCCCUGUUGUAUGUAUACCCAGUAACAUAUGUAAUUCACAUAAAGGGGAAAACCAACGAGCUAGAUUCGAUGGAUGUGGACGACGACUUGUUUAUUCCCAAAACGAUACCGUCCAGUGCGGAGAAGAUUUACUCCAAUGGGAUUUACCUGCUCGAUGCGUGCACCCACUUUUACCUUUACUUCGGGUUUCACUCCGACGCAAAUUUCGCCAAGGAGAUUGUUGGAGACACCCCGACCGAGAAAAACGCGCAUGAACUGAACCUUACGGAUACCCACAACGCACAAAAAGUUCAGCGUAUCAUUAGAAACCUGACCAGGAUUCACCACUUCAACAAGUAUGUGCCUCUGGUGAUGGUUGCCCCCAAAUCCAACGAGGAGGAACACCUCAUAUCUUUGUGCGUUGAAGACAAAGCCGACAAGGAAUACAGCUACGUGAACUUCUUAUGUUUUAUUCACAAAUUGGUUCACAAAAGGAUUGAUGAGUCGUAA